UACAUUGUUGUUUUCAUGAUAUAUUUUACUAUCUUAAAUCUACAAUUAAUAACUUUUUAUCAGAGGUGCUCGAUCCCGACGAUAAUAAAGAUCAACGCCAUGGUGUUUUUCUUCAUUUUAAUCAAAGAUAAUUCUGUGACAUAAUCGACCUAUCCCUUAAAAUCGACCCAACCCAUGCGGAAAUAUUUUGCAAACUAUGGCCAUAUUAUUAUUGCGAUAAACGAAAAUUAUCAACAAAUGCCGUUGUAUGAUAACAAACUACGGUAGUGACGGUACGCAUUUCGCAUAACGAGGAAAUGUGGCAGAUUAACGAUACGCAGAUAAAGAUAAAAGAAUCGAGAUACGAAGAUGCAAUAAAAUCUCUCAACGACGCUAUCAAUUUUAACCCAAAUAGGGUGGGAUUAUCUUUACUUGGUUAUUGUUACUUUAGAAUUCAGUCGUUUGUAGAAGCGGCCAAUUGCUAUGAACAACUGUCAGCAAUGCACCCCGAUGUACCAGAGUACAAACUUUAUUUCGCCCAAGCUUUAUACGAAGCUUCUAUGUUCGAAGAGUCAUACAAAGUGACAAUGCAAGUAACCGCACCAGAACUAGAAAGAAAAGUAACAAAACUUCAAUCAGCUAUCAAAUACGGCGAAGAAGACACUAUAACAGCCAAAAGUCUUGUUGACUCAUAUCCCCAAGAUGAUCCAGAUAAAGAUAUUAACCUAGGAUGUUUACUGUUCAAAGAGAACCAGUACGAGGAAGCACUACAAAAGUUUUCCAGAAGUUUAAACAUUUUGGGUUUCAAUGCACAUCUGCAUUACAAUGUAGCGCUAUGUUAUUUCAGAUUAAAAGAAUAUCCUCAAGCUUUGAAGCAUAUUACUUUAGUCAUCGAAAAGGGUAUCAGAGACCAUCCAGAGCUAGCUGUCGGAAUGCAAUCUGAGAUUUCUGAAGUAAAAUCAGUAGGAAACACAUUGACUCUUCAUGAAACCGCACUGACUGAAGUAUUUAACCUUAAGGCUGCAAUAGAAUAUCAAUUGAAAAAUAUCGAAUCUGCAAGGGAGGCUUUAUCUGAUAUGCCUCCCCGCCAUGAGCAUGAAUUGGAUGCAGUAACAUUGCAUAAUUUAGCUCUUACUUCGAUUGAUAUGAAACCUACCGAUGGAUUCGAAAAACUUCAUUUUUUACUUCAACAAGAUCCCUUCCCGCCGGAAACUUUUGCCAAUUUGCUACUCCUUUAUUGCAAAUUUGAAUAUUACGAUCUCGCUGCAGAUAUUCUAGCAGAAAAUGCGCAGUUCACUUACAAAUAUUUGACACCAUAUCUUUACGAUUUCUUGGACGCAGUAAUAACAAGUCAAACUUCUCCUGAAGAGGCUUUUCAAAAGUACGAAGAUAUUGCUUCAAAGCAUGCCGAACAGUUGAGAAAACUUACUAAAGUAGUUCAAGAAAGUCGUUCUCAAGGUGACAACGAUCAGGUGAAAAAAGCUGUUGUGGAAUACGAAGAGGCCUUGGAAAGAUACAUUCCUGUGGUAAUGGCUCAAGCCAAAAUAUAUUGGGACAAAGAAAAUUAUGGACAAGUUGAGAAAAUAUUUCGCAAAUCGGUCGAGUUCUGCAAUGAGUCAGAUGUUUGGCGCUUGAAUGUAGCCCAUGUAUUAUUUAUGCAAGAGAACAAAUAUAAAGAAGCAGCCAGUUUUUACGAACCAAUCGUUAAAAAACAGUACGAUAAUAUUUUAGACAUAAGCGCUGUAGUUUUAGCCAAUCUCUGCGUAUCGUACAUAAUGACUUCUCAAAACGAAGAAGCCGAAGAUAUCAUGCGAAAGAUAGAGAAGGAAGAAGAGCAACAAAUAUUUGAAGACCCGCAGAAAAAAUUCUACCACUUAUGUAUCGUUAAUCUAGUAAUCGGUACUUUAUACUGUGCUAAAGGAAAUUACGAGUUUGGUAUAUCGCGAGUGAUAAAAUCUCUGGAGCCUUUUAACAAGCGUCUUGGCACUGACACUUGGUUUUAUGCAAAACGGUGUUUUGUAUCUUUCUUGGAGCAUCUUGCGAAACAUUUGAUCGUUGUCAAAGACAACACAAUAAAGGAAUGCUUGCAAUUUUUAGAAGGAUGUGAGAUGUAUGGGAGGAAGGUGUCCACAGUGAUUGAAACUCCAUUUCAAGAAGAAGAUGCGAACAAUAAAGCAAAGCAAACUGUGACUUAUGAAGCUAGACUUUUGCGUUACAUGUUUUAUAAGCUACGAAGCAUUGACGAUUCAGUUACUAUUAAUAAGUAUGAAGAUUUAAAGUAACUAUCUAAUAAAUGCAUUCUUACCUGGA